AGCACUCUUUUUUGACAGCACAUUUGAGGAAAAAAAAAAUAAACUAGACGCUAAGAAGGCCGCAGUACUAAAGAAUUUUUGGGAUUUUUGUAAAUUUAAAAAUAAUUGUGUGAAAACUAUUAUAAUACAUAACAAAUAUGAGCACCGGAAAUAUGUUAUAUGGUGGUGAUGAGAUAGGGGCAUUGGUAUUUGAUCCGGGGCAUCAUUCUUUACGAGUCGGUUAUGCACAAGAAGAUACGCCGAAGGCUGAGAUACCUUCAGUAGUAGGUGUUGGACCUAAUGACUCUCCAACAAAUAUGGAUUUAGAAACCAAAACAGACAAUAAUAUAACACCAAAUCAUGCUGACACACGUAAAUAUUAUGUGGAUACAACCUACGUAAAUGUGCCGCGCUCGAAUAUGGAAAUACAAUCAUAUAUGAAAGAUGGCAUGAUUGAUAAUUGGGAUUUAUUUGAAAAAGUUAUUGAUUAUGCGUACGCGAAAGUAAUACAGUCUGAGCCAGAAUAUCAUCCGGUUUUAUUUUCCGAAGCUUCGUGGAAUGUGCGUAACAAUAGAGAAAAAUUGACAGAAUUAAUGUUUGAAAAAUAUAAUGUGCCCGCUUUCUUUUUGGUAAAAAAUUCCGUUCUGGCAGCAUUUGCUAGCGGACGUGCAACAGCAUUGGUAGUUGAUAGUGGAGCUACACAUACUUCCGCUGUACCAGUACAUGAAGGUUAUGUACUAUCGCAAGCGGUCGUUAAAUCACCACUCGGUGGUGAUUAUUUAUCAUUACAAUGUCGUACACUUUUAGAGAAACAGAAUAUCGACUUAACUCCUGUGUACAAAAUUGCAUCUAAAGAUGUCGUGAAAGAAAGAGAUGCUGCGAGAUUUGUCACACGUAAUUUACCAGAAAAUUUAACAACUUCAUGGCAAAAUUAUAUGGUUAAAUUGAUGAUGCAAGAUUUUCAAGUGAAUGUUCUACAGGUCUUAGAAAAUCCAUACGAUGAACGUGUUGCUUCACAAAUACCAACAGUUCACUAUGAAUUUCCAAAUGGCUAUCACCAAGAAUUCGGUUCUGAACGUUUUAAAUUGGCUGAAUGUCUAUUCGACAAUGCUAUGCUAGGAGCUGGUCAGUUGGCUUCAACAAGUGUAGGAAUGUGUGAUGCAGAUGUCCGAUUGUCUUUAUAUGGUUCCGUAGUUGUAACAGGUGGUAAUACUCUACUGCAAGGUUUUCCAGAACGUCUUAAUCGCGAUUUACAACUACGCGCACCAUCCAAUACUCGACUUAAAAUGAUUUCUGCGAAUGGUAGUGUGGAGAGACGUUUCGGCGCAUGGAUAGGUGGUUCAAUACUCGCUAGUAUUGGUACAUUCCAACAGAUGUGGAUAUCGUCACAAGAAUACGAAGAGUCGGGUAAAAGUCAGGUUGAAAGAAAAUGUCCAUGAAAAUGUGUCUAUGUAAAAAUGAACAUUUUUUGUAUGCUGCUAAUUUAUACUUCCUAUCUAUGCAUUAAAAAUAUUAAAAAACAAAUAUUAAUAUAAAAAAGGCUAUUUAUUUAUUAAAAAAUAUACAAAACAUUUGUAGACUAUUAAUGGGCUUAUUAAUCAACAAGUUGUCUAAAAUAGAGAUUCUGUAAAAAAUUUAUUAAUAUAUAAUUAAAGGCUAUGAGUAAGUGGAAAUCUGUGAAAACUGUUACCUACAUGCUUAUGUUAUC